UCGCAGAGGCUCCGAGAGCGCUCCCCGGCGGGUCCCCUGCGCACUUGCCGCGCCCGGGCAGCGGCCCGACCCGGCGAGCAUGGGCGGCGCGGAGUGACGCCGCCGUGCCCGCUUGGCAUCAAGGACAUUCGGCCCUCGGGGGUGGGGACGAAGGGGGGCAGCCCUGAGUCGCCACCGCAGCCCCCCCAGAGCCACUACUGCUGCUCAGGCUCCCGGAUUGGGUGGAAGAAAGGGGUGCUUGAAAUCGAUCCACAAUUUCCGACCUUUUUGUUGGACAUUCCGCCCACCUUGGACGCUGCAAGAGGAGCUGUCAAGCCCCGCAGGCUCUGAUUUCGCCCUCCGUUUUCCUCGCGUCCUCCCGGGCUCCCUGUGCCCCGGUGGAGUAUUUGCGUUCGGGGCUGGGGCUGGAGGAGGCAGCCACACGCGCGCACACGCACACGUUCGGAAGAGGGCGAGCGGCAGCGGCACCGGCACCAUCUGCAGUGUCAAUGCGGCGCUCCCGCUGAAGGAGGCAGAAGCGGCGCUUGCAGGGACCCUCCACUCCUGAGACCUGGCCCUCCCAGGAGGACACUUUGUCAGUGCUACUGUGCCACGAGGACCCGUGUCUGAAAUGAAAGCCAUGCCCUGGAACUGGACUUGCCUGCUGUCCCAUCUCCUGAUGGUAGGGAUGGGCUCCUCCACUCUGCUCCCCCGGCAGCCACCCCCGCCGCCCCAGAAGCGGUCUUUUGUCACAUUUCGAGGGGAGCCAGCGGAGAGCUUCAACCACCUGGUGGUGGACAAGAGGACAGGGCACAUUUACUUGGGGGCUGUCAACCGGAUCUACAAGCUGUCCAGCGACCUGAAGGUCUUGGUGACCCACCAGACAGGGCCGGAUGAGGACAACCCCAAUUGCUACCCGCCCCGCAUUGUCCAGACGUGCAACGAGCCCCUGACCUCCACCAACAACGUCAACAAGAUGCUCCUGAUAGACUACAAGGAGAACAGGCUGAUUGCCUGUGGGAGCCUCUACCAAGGCAUCUGCAAGCUCCUGAGGCUGGAGGACCUCUUCAAGCUGGGGGAGCCUUUCCACAAGAAGGAGCACUACCUGUCGGGAGUCAACGAGAGCGGCUCUGUCUUUGGAGUGAUCGUGUCCUACAGCAACCUGGACGACAAGCUCUUCAUUGCCACGGCCGUGGACGGGAAGCCAGAGUACUUCCCCACCAUCUCCAGCCGGAAGCUGACCAAGAACUCAGAGGCGGAUGGCAUGUUCGCUUACGUCUUCCACGAUGAGUUUGUGGCCUCGAUGAUUAAGAUCCCUUCGGACACCUUCACCGUCAUCCCCGACUUUGAUAUCUACUAUGUCUAUGGCUUCAGCAGUGGCAACUUUGUCUACUUUUUGACCCUUCAGCCCGAGAUGGUUUCUCCCCCAGGCUCCACCACCAAGGAACAGGUUUACACGUCCAAGCUCGUGAGGCUUUGCAAGGAGGACACCGCCUUCAACUCCUACGUGGAGGUGCCCAUCGGCUGUGAGCACAAUGCGGUGGAGUACCGCUUGCUGCAGGCGGCCUACCUGUCCAAAGCCGGGGCCGUGCUCGCCCAGACCCUCAAAGUCCGUCCAGAGGACGACCUCCUCUUCGCUCUCUUCUCCAAGGGCCAGAAGCGGAAAAUGAAAUCCCUGGAUGAGUCGGCCCUAUGCAUCUUCAUCUUGAAGCAGAUCAACGACCGCAUUAAGGAGCGGCUGCAGUCCUGCUACCGGGGCGAGGGCACGCUGGACCUGGCCUGGCUCAAGGUGAAGGACAUCCCCUGCAGCAGCGCGCUCUUAACCAUUGACGACAACUUCUGUGGCCUGGAUAUGAAUGCGCCCCUGGGCGUGUCCGAGAUGGUGCGUGGCAUUCCUGUCUUCACGGAGGACAGGGACCGCAUGACCUCUGUCAUCGCGUAUGUCUACAAGAACCACUCUCUGGCCUUCGUGGGCACCAAAACUGGCAAGCUGAAAAAGAUCCGGGUGGACGGGCCCAAGGGCAAUGCCCUGCAGUACGAGACCAUGCAGGUUGUGGACCCUGGCCCAGUGCUCCGGGACAUGGCCUUCUCCAAGGACCACGAGCAACUCUACAUCAUGUCAGAAAGGCAGCUCACCAGAGUCCCCGUGGAGUCCUGCGGUCAGUACCGGAGCUGCAGCGACUGCCUGGGCUCGGGGGACCCGCACUGCGGCUGGUGUGUGCUCCACAACACGUGCACCCGGAAGGAGCGCUGCGAGCGGUCCAGGGAGCCGCACAGGUUUGCCUCUGAGAUGAAGCAGUGUGUCCGGCUGACCGUGCAUCCCAGCAACAUCUCUGUUUCUCAGUACAAUGUCCUGCUGGUCCUGGAGACACACAACGUCCCGGAGCUGUCAGCUGGCGUCAACUGUGCCUUCGAGGACCUGUCAGAGAUGGAUGGGCUGGUGGUGGGCAAUCAGAUCCAGUGCUACUCCCCGGCGGCCAAGGAGGUGCCCCAGAUAAUCACGGAGAACGGGGAUCACCAUGUCGUCCAGUUGCAGCUCAAGUCCAAGGAGACAGGGAUGACCUUUGCCAGCACCAGCUUCGUCUUCUACAACUGCAGCGUCCACAACUCGUGCCUGUCUUGCAUGGAGAGCCCUUUCGGCUGCUACUGGUGCAAAUACCGGCAUGUCUGCACCCACGACCCGAAGACGUGCUCCUUCCUGGAAGGCCAAGUGAAGCUGCCUGAGGAGUGCCCCCAGCUGCUGCGCGUGGACAAGAUCCUGGUGCCCGUGGAGGUGAUCAAGCCCAUUACGCUGAAGGCCAAGAACCUGCCCCAGCCGCAGUCCGGGCAGCGCGGGUACGAGUGCAUCCUCAACAUCCAGGGCAGCGAGCAGAGGGUGCCCGCCCUGCGCUUCAACAGCUCCAGCGUGCAGUGCCAGAACACCUCUUACUCCUAUGAAGGGAUGGAGAUCAACAACCUGCCGGUGGAGCUGAUGGUUGUGUGGAACGGCCACUUCAACAUCGACAACCCUGCCCAGAAUAAAGUUCACCUCUAUAAGUGCGGAGCCAUGCGUGAGAGCUGCGGCCUGUGCCUCAAGGCGGACCCAGACUUCGAGUGUGGCUGGUGCCAGGCUCAGGGCCAGUGCACCCUGCGGCAGCACUGCCCCACCCACGAGAGCCAGUGGCUGGAGCUGGCGGGCGCCAACAGCAAGUGCACGAACCCACGCAUCACGGAGAUAAUCCCAGUGACAGGCCCCCGGGAAGGGGGCACCAAGGUCACCAUCAGAGGAGAGAACCUGGGCCUGGAGUUCCGAGACAUCGCCUCCUACGUCAAGGUGGCUGGCGUGGAGUGCAGCCCUUUGGUGGACGGCUACGUCCCUGCGGAACAGAUCGUGUGUGAGAUGGGGGAGGCCAAGCCCAGCCAGCAUGCCGGCUUCGUGGAAAUCUGUGUGGCCGUGUGUCGGCCCGAGUUCAUGGCCCGGUCCUCGCAGCUCUACUACUUCAUGACGCUGACCCUCUCAGACCUGAAGCCCAGCCGGGGGCCCAUGUCCGGGGGCACCCAGGUGACCAUCACCGGCACCAACCUGAACGCGGGCAGCAACGUGGUGGUGAUGUUCGGGAAGCAGCCCUGCCUCUUCCACAGGCGCUCUUCAUCCUACAUCGUCUGCAACACCACGUCCUCAGAGGAGGUGAUGGAGAUGAAGGUGACGGUGCAGGUGGACAGGGCCAGGAUCCGCCAGGACCUGUUCUUCCAGUACGUGGAGGACCCCACCAUCGUGCGGAUUGAGCCAGACUGGAGCAUCGUCAGUGGGAACACACCCAUCGCCGUGUGGGGCACUCACUUGGACCUCAUCCAGAACCCCCAGAUCCGCGCCAAGCAUGGAGGGAAGGAGCACAUCAAUCUCUGUGAGGUUCUGAACGCUACUGAGAUGACCUGCCAGGCGCCGGCCCUCGCUCUGGCGCCCGACCACCAGUCCGACCUGACCGAGAGGCCCGAGGAGUUCGGCUUCAUCCUGGACAAUGUCCAGUCCCUGCUCAUCCUCAACAAGACCAACUUCACCUACUACCCCAACCCAGUGUUUGAGGCCUUUGGCCCCUCCGGGAUCCUGGAGCUCAAGCCAGGCACACCCAUCAUCCUAAAGGGCAAGAACCUAAUCCCGCCCGUCGCUGGGGGCAACGUGAAGUUGAACUACACCGUGCUGGUCGGGGAGAAGCCGUGUGCGGUGACGGUGUCGGAUGUGCAGCUGCUCUGCGAGUCACCCAACCUCAUCGGCAGGCACAAAGUGAUGGCCCGCGUGGGCGGCGUGGAGUACUCCCCGGGGAUGGUGUACAUCGCGCCGGACAGCCCGCUCAGCCUGCCCGCCAUCGUCAGCAUCGCCGUGGCGGGCGGCCUGCUGACCGUCUUCAUCGUGGCCGUGCUCAUCGCCUACAAGCGCAAGUCCCGGGAAAGCGACCUCACGCUGAAGCGGCUGCAGAUGCAGAUGGACAACCUGGAGUCCCGCGUGGCCCUGGAGUGCAAGGAAGCCUUUGCCGAGCUGCAGACGGACAUCCACGAGCUGACCAGUGACCUGGACGGGGCCGGGAUUCCCUUCCUGGACUACAGAACCUACACCAUGCGGGUGCUCUUCCCGGGAAUUGAAGACCAUCCCGUCCUCCGGGACCUCGAGGUACCGGGCUACCGGCAGGAGCGCGUGGAGAAAGGCCUGAAGCUCUUCGCCCAGCUCAUCAACAACAAGGUGUUCCUGCUGUCCUUCAUCCGCACGCUCGAGUCCCAGCGCAGCUUCUCCAUGCGCGACCGCGGCAACGUGGCCUCACUCAUCAUGACGGUGCUGCAGAGCAAGCUGGAGUACGCCACCGAUGUGCUGAAGCAGCUGCUGGCCGACCUCAUCGACAAGAACCUGGAGAGCAAGAACCACCCCAAGCUGCUGCUCAGGAGGACGGAGUCAGUGGCCGAGAAGAUGCUGACCAACUGGUUCACCUUCCUGCUCUACAAGUUCCUCAAGGAGUGCGCCGGGGAGCCCCUCUUCUCACUGUUCUGCGCCAUCAAGCAGCAGAUGGAGAAGGGGCCCAUCGACGCCAUCACGGGCGAGGCCCGCUACUCGCUGAGCGAGGACAAGCUCAUCCGCCAGCAGAUAGACUACAAAACCCUGGUCCUGAGCUGUGUCAACCCAGACAACGCCAACAGCCCCGAGGUCCCAGUGAAGAUCCUCAACUGCGACACCAUUACUCAGGUCAAGGAGAAGAUCCUGGACGCCAUCUUCAAGAAUGUGCCCUGCUCCCACCGGCCCAAGGCUGCAGACAUGGACCUGGAGUGGCGACAAGGCAGCGGGGCGAGGAUGAUCCUGCAGGAUGAAGACAUCACCACCAAGAUCGAGAAUGACUGGAAGCGACUGAACACCCUGGCGCAUUACCAGGUGCCAGAUGGCUCUGUGGUGGCUCUAGUGUCCAAGCAGGUGACGGCCUAUAACGCAGUGAACAACUCCACCGUCUCCAGGACCUCAGCCAGUAAAUACGAAAACAUGAUCCGGUACACGGGCAGUCCCGAUAGCCUCCGCUCGCGCACGCCCAUGAUCACCCCCGACCUGGAGAGUGGAGUCAAGAUGUGGCACCUGGUGAAGAACCACGAGCAUGGGGACCAGAAGGAGGGUGACCGGGGGAGCAAGAUGGUGUCCGAAAUCUAUCUGACACGGCUACUGGCCACUAAGGGCACCCUGCAGAAGUUCGUGGACGACCUCUUUGAGACCAUCUUCAGCACGGCGCACCGCGGCUCUGCCCUGCCCUUGGCCAUCAAGUACAUGUUUGACUUUCUGGACGAGCAGGCAGAUAAGCAUGGCAUUCACGACCCGCAUGUCCGCCACACCUGGAAAAGCAACUGUCUGCCACUGCGGUUCUGGGUCAACAUGAUCAAGAACCCCCAGUUUGUGUUUGACAUCCACAAGAACAGCAUCACGGACGCCUGCCUCUCCGUGGUGGCCCAGACCUUCAUGGACUCCUGCUCCACGUCGGAGCACCGGCUGGGCAAGGACUCGCCCUCCAACAAGCUGCUCUACGCCAAGGACAUCCCCAGCUACAAGAACUGGGUGGAGAGGUAUUAUUCAGACAUCGGGAAGAUGCCGGCCAUCAGCGACCAGGACAUGAACGCAUACCUGGCCGAGCAGUCCCGGAUGCACAUGAAUGAGUUCAACACCAUGAGCGCACUCUCGGAGAUCUUCUCCUACGUGGGCAAGUACAGUGAGGAGAUCCUCGGACCUCUGGACCACGAUGACCAGUGUGGGAAGCAGAAACUGGCCUACAAACUAGAACAAGUCAUAACCCUCAUGAGCUUAGACAGCUGAGAACCGUCCUUCCAGGGCCCCCCUGGAGGGAGGGACACACCAAGCCGUGCCUCAGUCUAGAUUAUCAUCUUUACCAAGUGCAAGUUCCGACUGGCGUCAGCAGCAUCCCCGAGCAGCGCUGUCUCUCUCUCUCUCUCUGCCUCUUUCUGCCUCUCCCUCCUUCCUAGGUCUCUUCUUUUUCAGUUGCUCAGCCAACACAACUGAACCAAGCCACCAGCCCUCAGCUAGUCCAGGAUGGCCAGUCCUGCAGCGAGGGACCUGACCAGAAGAUUCCGAGGGGGCUCUCUGAUCCGGCUGACCCCAUGUGUCAGCAACAGGGCCUACAAAUGAAUGAGGAGACACGGAUAGAGGAUGUUUCUAUGCUGCUACUUCACCCUCCACUUCUUGAGAGCCCCACAUUGGUCCGAACCUUGGCCUAGAGAAGAGGCAGUGAGCUCAGUAUUACCUUUGGUGGGAAGACACCACCUGGCUCUCCCAUCCCACAUUUCCAUCUCCAAGGGGUCAGUCAGUGCUGUGAUCCCUUUGCAACUGUGAGAAGAAAGGCCGCACCUCUUGCAUGUGACCGGAAUUGGGGGCAGGGGGUGAGGAGUUGGGAGGUACUCUGUGAGCUGUCUCUCACUCGGGUCAGCAGCCAGGGGCUUCUUUGUCCCCUUCCAGUCUUCUCAGAGCUCAUCCAAGUGCCCACAGGGACCUGCCUGCCAAGCCUUCUCCCCUACCUGUGGAAAGCCAGACAGGAGAAAGAACAGCAGUUACGUUCCACCACGGGGACAAGUCCUAACCUUCUAAUCUGGCUCAUGGUGGCAGAUGUGUGACAGGCAGGGGGAGAAGAAGAGAGCUCAUCUACUCUGCGAGCAGAAUUUGUUGUUUUCCACUCACGCUCCCAAGUGCAAGUGAAUGACGACCGUAGUCAUGGGUGUACCACUGUCAGAUCCUCUAGAGAUCUUCCAGGUGCUUCUGGAUCCUCUAGGUGUCUAGAGAAGGCACCACCGUCCCCCUUGGUCAUCGCCCCCUGAAGGUUGACACAAAAUGCAGGAUGCAUCCAGGCACCCAGGAGGUUCUACCUGCAGCUGUCCCUGUGGCUCCAUCUCCACCAUCCUUCCUGAGAACUCUCCAGCAGGCUGGCGCAGACAGCCUCGCCUCUGUUCCCCCUGCAGAGCCUGGUGCCAUUGUGACGCGGAUGGCUUUGCCACUGGCCUGUCCAGACCUCCUGGGGAAGGAUUUCAUCAACAUCUCAGCUGUCUCUUUAGUCACUUUCCUCCCUCAUCUCUUAGCAGUCAUCAUGGAAAGAAAUGCACUCAAGCACAGCCUCCUAGAGACAAACCGAAAUGCCAACCCGACUCAGCCCCGGCUUGUCACAUCUGGGAGGACCGAAAAGCCAAGUCGAAGGAUGUGGCCAGAAAGGGGAGGAGGAACAUACAGCUGACCUCUGCCCUAGCACCUGCCCUUCCAUCUGUCCUGCCAUCUAUGGAUAUAACAUUCUAGCCAGCCAGGCAGAUGUGUGCUCACACAUGGGGCCUGGGUGAGCAGGGGCUGCAGUGAGAGAUGCUCUGAGGACGGUCAUGGAAAUCUGGAACGGUGAGGGGGCCUUGGAGGCCAUCUGGUCCAGUCUCCCACCACAAGCAGAGGUCUCUUCUGGCAGCCCCGGUGUGGAGUUGUACCCCUUGGGAGGCAAGGAAGAGCAUCGUCUAAGGUGGCGUUGGGCAUGCGCCUUGCCCGCACACCCCCAGCAUCGGGCACCAUUCCCGGCCAUCCACUCAGAGGAGCCCCACAUGGGAAGGGAAAGGAGCCCCAUCGUUUCCAACAGAGUCUGUGGAGCAUCUUCUCCUUUUAAGAAUGCCCACCCCUCUGGAUAUGCUUGUGUGUGCAUGUGUGUGAGCUCAUGUGCACGCACUCGUGCACAUGAGUGUGUGUGUGUCUGCCCCGGGAGCUGGCAGAGAGCUCAAAAAGAUUUCCUGUCCCGUGGAGGGGGAUUCUGAGAUGUUGCUCUCCCUCCUCUCCCCUUGCUCAUCAGUUCAUCCUGCAGCUCCAGGACCUUUCAACUCUUGCUUUCUACGCCGAGUGCUGGCGGGUAGAACGAGACGUCACCUGCCUGUAGGAAAUCAGGGUGGUCACAGGCCGAGGGAGGCCUGGACUUGACUGGGGGUCAAGCAGUGGUGACCCCAAGCAGGGCACCACAUGGCAUCAGGGAGGACAUAUGGUGGACAAAACUCAAGAAACCUUAACCAACAGGACGAGGAGAAUGGGAAAAGAUGCAUGUCAAGGGGGAAAAAAAUAACCAAAGGUUUUGGCGAAUGAAGUGUCAGGCGAAGAAGCAUGGGAUUUCUACCCCUGAUCGUUUGAUUUUCUCCCAGGAAGCCAGGGGCCCUGGCAGGCCAGGAAGGGAGCAUGUGGGAGGCGGGCUGAGGAAGCAGCCUGGCGGCGAAAAUGUUUUUGCACAUGUGAAGGGUUGGGGAGGAGAGAGACACAAACAUAUUUAACACAGAUUUGCUGAAUGAAGCUGUGUGUGCGUGUGUGAGUGCACGUAUGACUGCGUAUGUUUUGACUUUUAAGUUUUGCACAGAUAGAGAAAAAAAUGAACAAGCAGAAAAAAAAAAGACUGUUUCAUUGGUUCUGCUGAAGCUUUUAUUUUUUACUGGAUUAUUAUUAUUGCUAUUGUUCCUUUGUCGGUACUGAACUUUUUUUUGUUGAAAGAGAAACUGGGAACGCCUCAGAGAAACAUGAAGGUCAGGAAGAAGGGGCGAGAAGACGAGACAAAUUUCCUCGCUCUCCUCCUUUCUCCUGGGGAGGAGUUUGGCCUUGACUUUAAUUGGUGGGAUGGGUUGUUGCUCAGGCUCUGUUUGCCCGCAGUCUCUGUGGCCUGCUUGGGGGUGGAGGGGAGGGGAUGGAGAAGUAGGACAGAGUCACGCAGAGCCACAACCCAUCUGGCCCAUAAAAGUUCUUUCCUUUUGCUGUUUGUUUGUUUUCUGUUUCUUUGGUUUGAUGCGCAUGUGGUAGGUUUCAAAGUAAAGACAAGG